AUGCGGCUAAGCGAGGCAUCCGAUGUCAUUUGCCUGGCAGACAACGAAAUGUGGCUCCGCUCUUGGACAAAUGUGGGAUUUUUAUUUGUCCUUCGUGUUGCUUCCUCCUUUCCCGUGAGACACACCGAACACCCAACGCCCACACACCGUCGUUCCUGCUUGCAUAUCUCCUGCGGGCUCGGCAACUCUUCGCGGGCGCGUGCCCUCCACGAGGAAUGCGCACCCAUUCCCGGUUCCCGGAACUGUAGUUACAUCCACCGGAGCCUGGGGGCUACACUGUUCUCCUCCCUCCCCUUUUGUGUGCGUGUGGGGUGCUGGGUGCUGCUUCACGACCGUGUGUGUGUGUGUGUGUGUCCCUGUAGUGCGGCACAUGUAUUUCUCUCUUCUUGUUGUUGUUGUCCUUGCCCCACUGUGUGGAUUGUCUCACACACUCGAGCGACUCUACGACGAAUGAUGAUGGUGACUGUGCGGCGCUGCGUGGCGUGCGACCUGCUGGUCCUCGCGCUCUUGUGCUGCUGCUGCUUGUCCGUCUGCAGGGCUGCUGCUCCGGGCGUGCAAUCUACCGCUGCGCCGGCAAAACCAUUGGCUGAUGUGGUAGUGUUGUGUCCGGGGACUGACGGUAAGUUACGUUGGCGAUUUCAAGGCGAGAAGGACUGGCGAAAGUGUGCGAGGAAGCCCGAAGAAGCCCCGGAAGACAAUGGUUACUGCGCACGGCUAUGCAAUUUCGCUGGAGAUGUAUACAAGGAACCCGAAAUUACCAGACUGUGCAAUUCUGCGAAUAAUACGAGUUUUGUUGCCUUCCAUAUGUCAUUUGAGAAGCACGAGGAUCUAAAAACCUGCAGUUUGGGGGAGGCACCCGAGGCUUCCAGUCAGUCGUCCUCCGCCUCAUCCGGCGACGCCACCACUGUGUGGGUGCGCACGCCUCUGCUGCUGCUGCUGCUCGUCACCGCCCUUGUCUGUGCUGCUGUGCGGUGA